GUAGGCAAGUGUGUGUGUGUGUGUGUGUGUUUGUCUCCUCUCAGCAAAGACACACACACACAAACGUGAGACGUGGUCGUUAACGGUUUUCUUUGCUAUUUGAAAGUUUAGUUUUUUGCCGCCUUGAGAUUGUUUCGAUGUUCUGCUCUGUAUAUUAAAACAUUCCGCUUGUACAAACGCUACAUUUACCGGCCAGAAAAAAAAGCAGCCGACUCCGUUUUCUUCUCAAGAGUGUCCGCUUCCCCUCCCCUCGAUGAAGCGCUGCGAUGCCCUCUGAUUUUAUAUCCCUCCUUAGCUCGGAUCUCGACCUCAAUUCCCCCAAAUCUCUAUACUCGAAAGAACCUAAUUUAUCUCUUCCUGCUCAUCCCUUAUGACAGAGUCGGUAUAUGACCUCCUCCCCAAAGAGCUCCAGCUCCAGCCGUCGUCCACCCAGACAGACCCAGCCACCAUGAGCCAGAAGAGUGGGGGAGAGGCGGGACCUCCCCCCUCUGCAGCGUUGGCCUCAGAUGCCACCUCCUCCACCUCCAGCCCCUCUGCCUCUUCCUCUCUGGCUAUGGGAGCCCAGGCCACUGGCUCCUCUACCUCAUCCUCAGACCAUCUCAAGGUUCCCCAGCAUGUCCACUCCACUGGAGGGGACGGAGCUGGAGCUUCAGAGAUGCAAAGUAUGGAGGGUGCUGUAUCUGCCCCCAGCAGAGGCAACAGCGGAGCAAACACUGCAACAGGAGACAUAGGGUCAGGAGUAUUGUCAGGGCUAGGAGUCCAGCAGCCUCAGAACACUCCAUCAAAACGAAGGCCUGUGUUGAGCAUAUCCCCGCCACCUGAGGACCUAUUUGAUGACAGCCAGAUGUCUUGCCAAGAGGAGCCAACUGUGUCUGGUCCACCAGGUCCAGACUCAGAGCAUAGCAGCAGCAUGUGGGCUGACGACUCCGUCUCCAACUUCAGCCUGAUCAGCUCUAUAUCCUACAAUGACAACACUGAGGUGCCACGCAAGUCUCGAAAACGCACCCCUCGCCAGCGGCCUGGCCCAAAGCCUGCUCCUCCAGAGGACAGCAUGGACGUGUUUGAUGCUGACAGCGCCAAGGCUCCUCACUUUGUCCUGUCCCAGCUGGGCACAGACAAGACCAGUCCCAUAGCCAGCUCUCUUGAAUCAGGGACUGCUGUGAAGGGUGGGUCUCUGUGUACUCAGUUCCCCCAGAGAAGUGAUGGGAAGGAGUUAAAGAUCCUGGUGCAGCCAGAGACUCAGCACAGAGCCCGCUAUCUGACAGAGGGCAGCAGAGGUUCUGUCAAAGACCGCACACAGCAGGGAUUCCCCACUGUCAAGUUGGAAGGUGUGAGUGAACCUGUUGUGCUUCAGGUGUUUGUAGCAAAUGAUGCAGGCAGAGUGAAGCCUCACGGUUUCUACCAGGCAUGCAGAGUGACUGGGCGCAACACUACUGCCUGCAAGGAGGUGGAAAUAGAGGGCACAGUUGUUAUUGAGAUCCCUCUGGAGCCCAGCAGCGACAUGACACUUGCGGUGGACUGUGUAGGAAUUCUCAAACUGCGUAAUGCAGAUGUGGAGGCCCGUAUUGGUGUCGCGGGGUCCAAGAAAAAGAGCACACGUGCCAGGUUGGCCUUCAGAGUCGGCAUCCCCCAACCUGAUGGAUCAGUCCUUACUCUACAGGUCCCCUCAUCACCCAUCCUCUGUACCCAACCAGCAGGAGUGCCAGAGAUCCUGAAGAAGAGUCUUCACAGCUGCUCAGUGAGAGGAGGAGAGGAAGUUUUUAUCAUUGGAAAGAACUUCCUCAAAGGAACCAAAGUUAUUUUUCAGGAAAACAAUGCAGAUGAUAAUUCCUGGCAAGCUGAGGCAAAGAUAGACAUGGACCUUUUCCAUCAGAACCAUUUGAUAGUGACAGUUCCCCCGUUCCACAACCAGUCAAUCACUUCUCCGGUUUCUGUGGGAAUCUUUGUGAUGACCAAUGCUGGUAGAUCACAUGAUGCCCAGACCUUCACAUACACUCCAGACUCAGCUGAUAACUCAAAUGUCCGGACAGUAAAAACAGAGGGACCCUCCCUGGUCAAGACAUGUAUAUUUGAUGGCCAGAUCAAAUCUUUAUCUUCUGAACGAACAGACUGCUCUAGUCAGCCUUCCAAGCGGCAAGAAGACACACCAAUGGAAGUGUCUAGCAAUCCACCGGCCACAGAUGUCUUUAAGCCCUCCUCUGACCCUCUCGUCUCAGUGCAGCAGACCCUGGAGCUCAAUUCUAGUCCUCAUCCAGGUGGAGAGUCCUUUCAAAGUCCAAUGCCCCUACAACCUGAAGACGUGGAGCUUCCCCAGGUGCCCCCUGUCUUCCCUAGCCUAGAGUCUCUCAGCGCCAUACAAAAACAAGACAUUUCCCCCACAACCUCCUUCCCAGUGCCAGGAGAUACAACAAUCCCCCCUGUGACACCUGAAGUCCCUCAACAAUUCCUCAGAGACCCCCAGGACAACUUGCCUCCUGAGAGUACGAAUAACAGUGGAGGGGUCGUAGUUGUGGCCAUUCCCCAGAUACCAACUCCCUCUCAGCCCCAGCCACAACAGUCCCAAGUUCCCCUGUUCCCACAGGAAGGGGUGGCCCAGCUGGAGAGGGCAGUAAGGGAGCUACAGGCUGAAGGUAACACUGCGUUCCAGCAGGUGUUGGAGGCAGCUGUAGCCCAGCAGCAGCUGAACUCUGUGCUGUACAGCCCUACUCCAUCUGCUGAGUCCCUUCAGCAGCACGUUCAGGAGAACAUGAACAGCCUUAGACUGGGAACCACAGAUAAUUCACUGUCAACACAGCAACAACUACAGAUACAACAGCAACAGCAGAUACAACAGCAACAACAACAGAUACAACAACAGCAGCAGCAGCAACAACAAAUACAGCAACAGUUUCAACAGCAUCAACAACUGCAGCAGCAACAGCAAAUCCUUGGUAACCUGCAGCAUCAACAGCAGCAGCACUUACAGCAACAACAGCAGCAAGUUCUCAGCACUAUACAGAUCCAACAGCAACUUAUAUUGCAGCCACAAGACCAACAGCAACUGCAGCAGCAACAGCAGCAGCAAAUCAUGGAGAAUAUCCAACAGCAACAACAGUUGCAACAAAAUCAGCAACAGCAAGUCCUUAACAACAUCCAACUUCAGGACCAGCAACAACAAAAUCAAAUGCUUACCAAUUUACAACAACAUCAGCUACAACAGCAGCAGCAACAGCAGCAAAAUCAAGCGUUGAGCAACUUACAACAGCAACAACAACUGCAAGAGCAACAGGUCCUGGAGAAUUUACAGCAGCAACUUCAAGCAGAGUUGCUCCAGCCCCAGAUCCACCCGUCCCCCCAAGUACAGCAGCCAGUGUCUCUUCUUCAACAGGGUGGAGAUCUGCUCACCAUUCAGACCAGCUUCCCAACACAGCCUCCAUCACACACAUCUCCCCCACAACAGCUCUUCCAAUCGCCAAGGCCCUUGGCUGAAACACAAAGCUCCCAGCAGCAGGUCCAGGCUACCCUGCUCCAGAAUACACUUACUGUUCUGGCUAGUGGCAGUCUCAACUCAGAGCAGCAAUCACCAGGGUCGACCUUAUACCUGUCCCCAAACGCUCAGCCCCAACAACAGCAACAGCAGCAGCUGGCAUUCAUUUCCUCUAUGGAGACAUCCAACCAGCCUCAGUCUGUUGCAAUGUUUCAGAACCAAUCCCAAGCUCAGCUUUCCCAAAUGCAACAACAGAGCACCCCCAUGGAGCAGCAGCAGUCCCCACAGCAGAACCAACAACAGCCACCACAACUUCCAAUGGGCCCACAAAGCUCCUUGUUCCAAAGUAUCUCAAAUCACUCACAGGCUAACUCUGUUCCCCAGAGCCAGCUUUCCCAACCCCAGCAGACAGGUCUGCUCCUCUGCACCACAGAUCUAAAUCCACAGGCUAUUCCCCCAACUCUUCUCUUUAGCACCCAGACCCAAGGCCCUUCCCCCAUGGGGAGCAUUAGCGUUGGAAUCCCACAGCCAGACCCAGCAGAGCCCAUGUCGUUUCAAGACCAGAGCUCCACAGGGAGCAACUCGACAUCCACUGAGAACCAACAGCAGAGCCUGUUCCAGGAACAGCAGCCAAUGCAAGUGGGCCCAAGUUCCAGCAGCCUCCCGAGCAGUCAACCCGUGGAGCUCUUCUUGCCACAGGCAUCUCUAUCCGGCCUACAGAGCACUAUUGGCUCACAGGAGCUGAACAACCAGGCUCCAGCCCCUGGCACAACCAUCUUUGUGGUACAGGGUGGUGUGGGUGUGGUAGCCAAUCCUGGCCAGCAGCCCCCAGAGCAGCUUUUCCAGACAACUGUGGGUGGGAAUGUGGCUCCACAAGGACAGACCAACUUGUUUGUGUUUGGCAUCCAGAAUGAUUCACCCCAGCUGCUGAAUUCCUCCGGACCCACCCUGCCAGCUCAGAGCCAGAGCCAGAACCCCAGUCACAUGCAGCCUUUAUUGGACCAGCCCAUGGCUCAAGCUGCCCCCUCGAUGCCGGCCACCAUGCACAGCAGCUUACAGAACACCCUUCAGGCGCAAAUGCAGUCCAGCUUAGAGAACGCCAUGCAGACCAGCCUACAGAAUGCAAUGCAGACAAACACGCAAACGGCUCUGCAGUCCAGUUUACAGGCAACCAUAGAAACAAGCCUGCCAACUCCAAUGCAGACCAAUCUACAGACACAGAUACAGAGCAGCUUACAGAAUCAGUUGCAGGCAUCAAUAUCUGCAUCGUCCAACAUGGAUAAAAUCGAGGACCUACUGGAAAGCCUACAAAAGCAGUGAUAAAGGUUUGGACCAUGUGAGCACUAAGGAGAGUGUGAUAUGUAGCUGAAAGUUAUACAUCCUUACACCAACAAACACAAUGGCGGCGCGUGGUGUUGUGUGCCAAUUCCAGAAAACUAAGAAAAUUUUAAAUAUUUAAGAAUAAAAUGUCCCUUUUACCUAAAUCCCAAAUUAUGAGCUCAUGUAACUCCUCGUUUUUAUGGAAUACUUAGAAUUAAUCAUAGCCAUCAUGCAUCCAUUGUCCUGGAAUUGAUGAAUCCGCCAUUGUUAUUACCCCUCUUGCAGGAUCAGUGAGGCCUGUAAUAACUGCUUUACCCAUCCGUCUCAGAAUUGCAGUGUUUUGUUUGUUGUUUUUUUAAAAAUGUGAGCCUAUGAGAUGAUGGUGGAAAAACUGGAAAGGGAUAAAGAAUGUCAGUGACAGGGGGAAUAGUAAUGUGACAGAGAUGAGUCUGUAAGAGCAGACAGUGGAGAUAAUUAUCCAGCCAUGGAGUGAAUAACAGAUUGCACAUAAGUGUCAGAUAUGGGCUGAAUCUCAUUUCGUGAGUGUGUAAACUCUGAGCCUUCGCUGCAUUUUGAAAGACAGACGAGUCUGUGAGAUUUUUUUUGUCUGUUCGUCAUGUGGAGUGACAGCAAAAAUGAAGAGGGGGGAGGGGGGGAUUAUCUGGCAUAAAAACAGGGAUGAAAUAAUGUCUCAGCCACUCGGUUUAAACUUAUUCUUCCAUGGAUGAUGAUUUGCAAUUAAUUAAACCAUGUUUUUGCAUAUGUCAACAGUUUGACUAAAAUCUACUCUAAGAGUAAAGACUAUUAAAGUAAGUACAUUUGUAGAAUGUUUUGCCUCCAUCAUGUUUGCUGGCAUGGCUGGAAUCUGCAUCUGAGCAGACUAUCAGAAGGAGAAAAGCUAAAUAUUGAUAUCAACAACAAAAAAUUGGUAUUGAUACGUUUUUGGUAUUGCAGGGGACUCCCCCGUGUGCAGAAAGAGAAGGGACUAUUAAACACUCGCAAAUGAGAUUCAACCUGGCGAAUAAUGUGACUUGGCCUUUCGUUUGGCACCUUGGCAGUGUUUUCAUACCUUCAGGCCUCAUCACUGGGUUUGCAGAAGCUUUCUUGGUGAAAUUUUAAGAAGCAUUCAACUAUGUAGUGUGUAUCUUUUUUUGUUUUGUUUUGAAGUUGGUGACCUUUACCAAUUUAAUGUGGAUAGAAAAAAAAAUUUCCACUAGUGAAAAUGGAGUGUUGUGUGGUUUUAUAAACAUUUUAUCUCAAGCACUUUAUAACCUCUAGCUAAUCCUUAUAUCCGUCCACAGCUCUCUACUGACCCAGCUGAAUUUGUACUCAGAAAACGUCCAGUUAAAAAAAAACAAAUAAGAGAAAAAAACGUAAAGCAGUUGUCUUUGUAAAGGUAAAUACAUCUUAACCAAGCAUUUUUACAUUUUGUCAUGUCUGAAUAUUUUUUGAGGUCUAGGACAACUUUGUAUAGAAUGUCUGCUCACUGUUGAAUUCCUCUUUGUAUUCAGUCUCAGUGGUCCAGUCAAGUCUGUCCAAAAAAAAAAACGACAAAAAAAAAAAACAGCCAUUCCCACAAAAGCAUUGGCAUAUUUCAGUGU